AUCUACACAAACAUAUACAUAAUGCCAUUUGACGACGCUAAGGGACUUGCCAUUGCCAUAGAAGAGGCUAGAGCCGGUAUGAAGGAAGGAGGUGUUCCAAUCGGGGGAGCCUUGAUCAGCGAGGAUGGAACUGUUCUUGGUAGAGGACACAACAUGCGUUUCCAAAAGGGAUCUGCCAUUCUCCACGGUGAGAUGUCUACCCUUGAAAACGCCGGCCGUCUUGCUGGUUCCGUGUACAAGAACUGUACCAUGUACACCACAUUGUCUCCAUGUUACAUGUGUUCUGGAGCCUGUGUAAUGUAUGGUGUGAAGCGUAUUGUCAUGGGUGAAAACUCCACUUUUGUCGGUGGUGAAGACUUUGUUCGUGCCCAGGGCAUUGAGCUUGUGAACAUGGACAGUCAAGAAUGUAAGGACAUGAUGGCUCAAUUCAUCAAGGAAAGACCAUCUGACUGGUUUGAAGACAUUGGUGAGUAA